UCAAGUUCUUCAUUAAUUAGUGAACUACCACAAAAUCAAAGAUCAGUUAAUUGCAGCAUAGCUCCAAUGAUGACUUCUGAAAGUAAUAGACCUUUCUUCAUUGCAGUUUGCACAGAGGUUAUCUGUGAAUUAGACCCCCUUACUAUUGCUGAACUUUUUGAUGAACUUGAUGACCAAUGGACAUUAAUUGAUGGUUUAGCAAAUGUUCAUGAAGUUGAAUUUAACAAAUCUAUGCUCAUGCCAAUAAUUAUAAGGGGUUGGGACAAGUUCAGAAAUUAUUAUAAUAUAACAUCAAAUCCACUAAUGUCUUUUACAUAUGUAGGAAAUAGUAUAUUCCUGAUCAAACUCUUCAACGGUUCUACACCAAACAAUGAAUAUCCACGAUAUCAUACAUUAACUACUUCAUGUCUUAAAGAUCUUACAUUCGAAGUUGAUAUGCCAGAUACUUCGCCAAUAACUUCUAAAUUGAUUCUACCACCUGCAUUUGGAAUUUUUUUCCAAACCAUAAACCAUGAGUAUCUACGAGUAUGUGGAGGAUCAAAUACUAUAACUAUUUGUAAAUUAGUUUUCAAAAAGGAUGUCAAAAGCAAUACAAGAACUGUGAUUAUUACACGUGGUUGGAGAUCUUUCUGCUUUCACAAUGACAUUUCUCCCAAAAGUCUACUCCAAUUUAAAUGCGACUCAAUUAUGGCCAAAAACAUUAUUUUUGUUCAAAAAGUUUAUAGACGUUAUUAACUACUACUACAAACUAAAUUAUUAUUGUAAUAUUACUUUUAACAUUUA